AGGACCAAGCGAAAAAACUGAAAGCAUUGUGCAAGUUUUAUCUGCCAUCUAUUAAUGAGCCCCUUCCUCUUCCUAUGAUAUCUGCGCAAAUUAAUAGACUAAGUACUUGUUUAUUAUAGUCAGAAGUUUCGCCAAAACACUUUUUUUUACUUUGAGAUACCACCAAGCUUCGUGUGUUUUAUCAUAUCAAUUGUCCCCAAUUGAAGGUCGUGAUAUCCGUAGAAAUAAAGAAGCCGAAAGUUUAUAAACGGUCGUUGUAGGACAUUUCACUGGUCGUGUUCAACGGAGGCUGCGUGUGGAUGCAAAAGUUAUGCUAAAAACUACAUGUCAUCGCUCUUUUUGCAGAUAUUUUUGCUCAACAAGGUGCUGUCGCAUUUGAAGAUAUUUUUGUGGCGAGUUUCCCCACAACAGAGCUCAAAUUGAUGAUACAUGAUCUAAGAAUAUGAGAACAGAACAUGGCACUACUAAGGCACGAUGUGCUCAAGGAAUUCUACUUGUCCUUUUGGCAAGACGAGAGCUUGCUGAGGUGUGAAGCCAGAGAAUUUGCGUGUGCAGAACUAAAUGAUGAUUUCGAGCGAAAGGACGCCCGGCAGACUUCAACUUACUCAGUGUUAACUUAUUUGACUGUGAAGAAGGCUUGUCAUUCUCCCGAAGAGGUCGAAGCAUUUCCACCCAAGUGGAAAUUUAGGGCGCUUUCCGGUACUCUGCGGGGUGUUCAGAUCGCUGGUGCAGAGGAUGUCUGUGCUUUCGUUGUAACGCGAAUAUGCACGAGCAGGAGUAUCUAUGCAGCCUCUGACGCGGAUACUGUCGUCAUCUUUGAUUCCAUGAGACACUACCACCAUUAGAAUUAGAUGCGUAAAAAUUUCAAGAGUUAUUUUCUGGAUUUUCAUUAGCAAAAAUUCGUCUAGACGAGCGCUUUUUGAAAACAAGAGGUAGUCCGAAAUGCAGCAGUCUUCUACAACCGACACGAAAUCGGACAUUGCGCCGUUACCGUUGCCUCCCGCUACCGAGGCUCUGAAAGACGAUAUUGUCCGUGGAAACAGCGCAGAAGCUCCUGGCACGCAGCACGUGCUGGAUACCAGAGGACCAGAGCGGGAGGAGCAUGCGUACAACAGUCCGCAGCUAAGCGCUGUGUACGGGCAAAAGAGCGGCCUUUCCGCUCGGCCCCGGGGCCGUCUCCUGCAGGUGCGGCACACGGACCUGUCGGUGCCAACGACCUUUCUCGGUGUCGGGACUAGCGCCAGCGGAUCAGCAGCGACGACCGGUGCUUCCUUGGCACCUGGAGGUGCAGCCUUGGUCGGCGCCGCGGCCACCACUAGUAAGCUCGCGAGACUGGCAAACGGUGGUAGUGGCAUGACACACAUGGGGACCAGCAGUGGCGCACUUCGGACCGGCGGCACGCCGGGAAGUGGAAGAAAAGCGCCUACGGUCACGAGCUCAGGCACUGCACAACCGUCCACGUUUGGUCUCAUUCAGCCAGCGCCGUCAUUGCUACGACCUCGAAUCGUAGGCCCUUUUCUGCGCCAUUCGCUGAGCAGCAGCGGCAGUCUAGUGGACCAGGGCACUGCGCAAACGAAUGCGGCCUUGGCUAGUGCCGUGAGCAAGAACGCAAUCGUAACAGCAAGCCCAUCGCCUAGUAGUGCGGCGGGAACACAUUCUAGCGUAGCACCAGCUUUGCCUGAAGACGUAGGAGGCAAAGCCAUUGUCAAGCGUGUGUCCACGGAGGGGCGUAAGUCUCAGGGCUCGGUCGCUUCUAGUAGUGGAGGGAACAAUCCGGGCAACGCGACCCCGUCGGAGAAAAUCGUUACUGUCACCCCUGCGGGCCACAGCUGCACUUCCUACAGCAAUCCGCCUUGCGGUAUGCUCAAGACGGUCCUCUCUAUAGGUGAGGACGUCUCCGACCCUGCAACAUCGAUGGCAGCGACUACCUCCAGCAACGGCGGCGCUUCAAGAAAUGCUUCGGCAGUAGGGAGAACCUCAGAAGGUGACGCAGGCGGAUCCUUGGAGGGAGACGUCGUGAUAUCGCAAGAAGUUCCGGGAUCUAGCAGUGAGGAAUUAGGAUCAUCGGCGAUUGGAGCAAAACUAGAUGUUCAUCCCGAAGACAUCGCGGCGGAGGGCACCACUGCCGCUGGCGGUAAUGGCGCGGACAGUGGCGGCGUUUCCGGCCUCGGCUGUGCCUCUUCCUCUGACUCCAGUAACGACCUGCUUACGUCUGCCGCUUGUGGCGGUGGGAAUAAUGAUGUCACUGCACAAGGAGGGUCUUGUCGAGCGACUAACUACAACGCGUGCAGACGGCCGACUAGCGCAAGCGCCGGAGGUGCUGAGGAAAUCCGUUGCGGCGGACCGGAACUCCUCAGCGACACCAAUCCAGAGAUUGUAGCUGAGAUAAAGAUUGUAGCUGCUACGAGCGACGACUUCAGAUUGUGUGUCGAGCGGAGCCAGACCUCAAGCUCUGUGCCGUAUUUUCGCAAAAGAGGAGGAAGCGAGACAGCGUCACCAGUCCACAUGGAAGAUGAGGACGUCGCGAAAUCUCCAGUGGCAACGGGUGCGGCUGCUGCAAGUGCAGCUGUGGGUUCGUCAUCGCAGAAGAAAACUUAUCGUAGUGGCUCUCUAGAAAUCGGAGGAAUACUGCAGCACGAACAACAAACUGCAAAUCGACCAGCGGUGGUGAGCGAGAGUGCUCCACGACAUCAUCGCCCACAACUGCUGCAGCAUUCUCCACCGGUGCUCAACGCAAUGCCCGGCUCGGAGCAGAAGCUGUCUUCACGAACAGCGAGCUAUAACACUGCUUUUACUGGAGCCGGAUUAGCCGCGCAGCAGCUGUUUUUACAGAUGAAGGAUGUCACUGGUGUCGGUCAACAAAACCAGCAAGAAAGCCCCUUGAUGUUCGGACAUCAUCAGGUGAUUGACUCGAUGGCAGCAGGAGGCGGACUUGGCCGCGUGAAGAACCUGAUGUCCUUCCCUGCUACGAGGCACGAAAAGCGCCGCCUACAUGAGGAGGUGGUCGCCCAAGCGAUGCAGGGAAAGAAUCUGCGCAGUUGUGUCGACACCUUGGUGAAACCCUACGUCAUCGGGGUUUGCGGCGCCACCUGUUCCGGCAAAACCACGCUCUGCGAUAUCUUUCGUCGGGAGCUGCGGAACUAUCUGCGCGUUGCUUUUAUCCCCAGUGAUGCGUUCUACAAAGAUCUCGACGAGACGCAAAAAAAGCUGGCAAAUGUUAAGGCUAAACAUAAUAAUGAAGAGCGCCAGGAACCCCUCACCUCAUGCGUAGGAAAGUUGACGUACUUCCUGCACAUAUCCAAAGUAGAAGAAGAGUACUUGUUCCAUCAGUUUCCUUCUCUCAUGUGACCGAGCAGAAUACUAUGACGAAUAAUGAUAGCGUAGAAGAUCAAGAUAAAUUAUUGUUUCAACAACUUUUUUUGAGAUUGAGCGCAGAGGAUGAAGCAUUGCGAGCUCUAAAGAUGCAGCACAAUACGACUUUGACCAUCCGGACGCCAUUGCUUGGGACGAGAUGCUUGGCAAGAUAAAAACGCUUAAAAGAGGCUUCGAGAGUGUUGAGAUCCCACGCUACGACUUCAAGACGCACAGCCGCUUGAGCAAGACUGCCACUGAUUAUGAAAGAGGAUGUUGAUCAUGUGGCAGUGAUGUCGUAGAAAGUAAAAGAUCCUGAAAGCUUUGAUGGGGUCGGGCCUUUCGAAGUUGAUGGAAAAAAGCAUUCAUCUCCAUACUUGCAGGACGAGAACUGCCGAGUGUGAAAGGAACCCUCUAAUUUAGCGGGGUGAAAGGCGGUCAUGCUGGCGGCGAAAUUAUUAAGCCAGCUGAUGUCAUUAUCGUGGAAGGUACUAACUACAUUUUGCUUCCAGCAAGUAUAGAUGAGCGCAUUUGAUCCCCUGUAUUGAUCAUUCAUAAUGAUACGAAGUUCAUAUUAGUGAAUACACUUCUUCUAUUUUUCCCGUCAGGCAUCCUGAUCUACGCAGUGGGACCGGAAUUGAGGAGCGAAUUGGAUCUGAAGAUUUUCAUAGAUUGUGACUCAGACGUGAGAUUAGCUAGGCGGUUGCAGCGUGAUAUCGUUGAACGUGGUCGAGAAUGUAACGGCAUACUGACGCAAUACAUGAAAUUCGUAAAGCCCAGCUACGACAAUUUCAUCGAACCGAGCAAGCGCUACGCGGAUGUUAUCAUUCCUAACACAAAGUUAAGAAAAAGUUUAAUCAAAAUGUCUCAUUUUACGGAUUGCCGGGGGCAUUAUUUCAUUAACGUGAAGUUUUGGCAUUUAUUGCAAAAUAAGUGUACAACUGAUGUUGACCAGUGUGCUUGCUUGUAGAUGUGAGAAGUUCUUCCUUUGGUUCCAUGAUAGGUGAUUUCUAAUAUAAGAACGAGAAAUGGAGACCAAUAAUGCGAUUGCGAUGAUGGUUCAACACAUAAAGCAUCAGCUGGAAAAACGCAACUCGGCAAGGAAGCUUACUCGGGGGAUGCGGUGA